AGUAGCAACACUACACCAAACUACACACGCAAUUUUGGCGGAAAAAGUAAUUGCUAAGUAACAUAAUUAAUGAUUAACCAUCACAAACUAAAUAGAGUCAAUAUGUCUUAAAUCCAUCAAAGAUUAUGUAAUCACUACGUUAUAAUAUCCAUUACCCAGUAAGAAGAUAUAACAUAGGAGUAUUAAAGGAGCGAUUACCACGUCAGUAUCUUUUUCUACAUGUUUUGUACAUCAGGCAUAUCUUGUAUGUUUACCUAAUUAACAAAUAAUUAUCGUGCUACGAAUUUUUAUGUGAUGUCACUGAUGUAAAAGAAAAAUUGAGCAAUGGCAAAUACCACAAAAUACAAAGUAGAAUCAGGAGUUCAGUUACUUGCUAGAUUACUCAAGAGAACGGAUAACAUUGAAAAUUUUUAUCCUGCUUUAUUUGAGACAGGUCCUAAAUCUGGGGAAACAAUUGAAAUGUUUAGUCAAAUAAGUUUGAAUCCCCUGCUCACUGACCUAAUAUGUGAAGCAUUAUUACCAUCCAAAUUUGGAGGACCACAGUUAGGAGUUUUGUUAUUUUCUACAGAUGGCAAUAUGGAUUACAACAUGUUAUUUUGUUGUUUAAAAAAUAAACUUUUAUACAAGACACAUGAUAUUGAUAACAUGGAAAAGUUUCUUCAUGAUGUCCUAAGUAAUCUUGUGAUCCUAAAAAUAUAUGAUGCUACCCAAUUUUAUACAACAAUUAAUAAUAUAGAAAAUAUUAUGAUGGAUUACCCUCAUAUAUCCUUAGUAAUAUUUCAUACUUUAACUGCAUUUUAUUGGUCAGAACAAGGAUUCAAAAUAACAAAAAUGGAUUUUUAUAUCAAAAAUUUACUUCAAUUAAUUAAAAGAGUUACAAAAGAUUAUAAAAUUACUUUAAUCUAUACAAGACCUGAAUAUUUUAGUACAAACAAAGAUUCUACAGAAGAUCUUGAGGCAUGCAGUGAACAUCCAUCUGUAGAUAUGGUUAAUUACAAAAUACAACUUUUUCACAUUAAUGAUAAUUGCACAAAAUACAAAAUAAAUGUAAAAAAAAUUAACAAUCUAUAUGUUAAAUAUUUCAAUAUUCAAGACAAACAACUGAAUUGGAUACUGGAAUAAUCAAUCACCAAAUUUUGAAUUUAAUUACACUGGUCAACAUGAGUUUUUGCCGUUAAUAAAUGUAUGUAUUUUCGGUAUCUCUCACAUAUAAGUAUUUAAAAAAUAAUAAUAAAAACAAUCUAUUACAUCGAAUUAUCUCAAUAAACGAUUUAGUUUGAAUUUGAAAAAUUUUGACGUUCUAUCGAAAAUAAGUAUUGUGGUUGGCCAUUCUAACAAAAACUAAACUGAUAUUUGUGAGAACACGAUAUACCCUCACAUUUGUGCAUAUUUGGUGUAUGUCAUUCUUAGUUUGUUAUCGCGUUAUAUCACUAUUCAACACUAGACGACGUUCAAUUUCUAGUGUUUUUUCAACUGUUUAUUGAAAUUGUUAGGAACUAGUUGUUUGCUGUUUUUUUUAAGUUUUAGUUUAAAAGAGAACGUAGAAGUAUACAAUAUGAUUCGAAAGUGCUUAAAUUCACGGGACCUCUUUUGUUUUAUUUGUGGAGAGUUUACUUAAAGGCAUGGAUAGAAACAGAGAAGGUUUUUUGUAUUUAAAAACAUUAUUCCCUAGACUGAGUGAAGCUAAAUUGAAAGAAGGAAAUUUUAUAGGGCCAGAAAUAAGGAAGGUCAUGAAAGAUACUAAAUUUAUUUAAAAAUUAAAGAAAAAGGAAAAAAUGCAUGGCUUUCUUUUGUUGAAGUGACAAAGAAAUUUUUGGGAAACAAAGUCUGCGAACUAUAAGGAGAUAGUUUCUAAGCUUCUACAAGACUAUAAAGAUUUACAAUGUAAUAUGUCUUUGAAGAUACAUUUCCUUAAUUCCCAUCUAGA